UGACUUGUAUAGUAUCCCAAUAAAUCAGUUUUCUCCAAACGCGCUCUGUAUCAUGAUAGCCUUUAUUGUUAUUUCUCGUGUAGUCCUCCAUUUUUUCUCAGCCGAUUUUUUUCAUUACUGCUAUGGUUAUCGGCUCCAAAAGGGGGCUCACUGUUUAAUUCGCCGCUCCGGGGUCACAUUUCUCGAUGACCUUUCCUUAAACAUUACGGAAUGGAAGUCAAAAUUUGUGUUUAUUCGCUCUCCCGUCGGUGCUUAUCCUUAUGCAAAUAAUUGGAUAAGCACUAAAGUUAAACAAAAUAAAUUGUCUCGAUUCGAGAACUUUGAAAAGCUUUUAGAGGAGUUGAAUAAGUGUACUUAUA